UCGAUGCACUAAACAACAACAUGACCCAUCCCCUCCCUCUACUUUCUCUAUCAACAAAAACCAACCAACCAAACACACACCCACCCCCAAACACAAACAAGUCAAGAAACACCACAAGACCAGAGAACAUGUUCCUCCUCUACUUCCUCUUGUUCAUAGGCUUCUAUGUGAUAUCAAGGCACCUUUUCCACAACAUCCGCAACUUCCCGCCCACUCCCUUCCCGACCUUCCCCAUCCUCGGCCACCUCCACCUACUCAAGAAGCCCCUCCACCACUCCCUCGCCACCAUCUCCCGCCGCCAUGGCCCCAUCCUCCUCCUCCAGUUCGGUUCCCGCCGCGUCCUCGUCAUCUCCUCCCCCUCCGCCGCUGAAGAGUGCCUCGCCAAGAACGACAUCAUCUUCGCGAACCGCCCGCGCCUCCUCGCAGGUAAAUACUUGGGUUAUGACUACAUGAGCCUCGCGUGGGCGCCCUACGGGGACCACUGGAGGAACAUGAGGCGGAUUGCAACCCUCGAGAUCCUUUCGUCCCACCGGCUCAACAGCCUGUCCAGGAUAAGGGCUGGCGAGGUCAGUGCUCUCGUGAGGCGGCUUGCGAGGAACGAUUACUGGGCACAGCCUGUGGAUAUGAAGAAGGCCCUGUUCGAGCUGAUGCUGAAUGUGAUGAUGAGGAUGAUCGUCGGGAAGAGGUACUAUGGAGAGAACGCGGCGGAGGCAGAGGAAGCAAAGAGGUUCCGUGAUAUUGUAACAGAGACGUUCAGGAUUGGAGGGGCCACGAACAUUGGGGAGUUCCUGCCGUUCCUUAGGGUGAUAGGGUUCAUGGGGGUGGAGAAGGACCUGCAGACAUUGCAGGAGAAGAGGGACCGCUUCAUGCGGUGUCUGCUUGACGAGCAAAAGAGGGAGACCAAAGAGAAGAACAAGAAUAACCUGAUACAGGACUUGCUGUCCUUGCAAGAAACAGAACCCGAGUACUACAAAGACAUUACCAUCAGAAGCAUCAUGUCCGUCCUAUUAGCAGCGGGGACCGACACUUCCGCCGCGACAAUGGAGUGGGCCAUGUCGCUCCUAUUGAACCAUCCCGAGGUCUUAAAGAAGGCACAGGCGGAGAUCGACAAAGUUGUUGGAUGGGACCACCUGGUAAACGAGUCAGACCUCUCUAGGCUCCCUUACCUCCACAACAUCAUCAAGGAGACACUUCGCUUGUUCCCCGUGGCCCCGCUCUCGGUCCCCCACGAGUCGUCCGAGGGGUGCCAUGUGGGCGGAUAUCGGGUACCCGGGGGCACAAUGCUCUUGAUCAACCUGUACUCGAUCCAGCGGGACCCGCGCUACUGGUCAGAACCCGAGAAGUUCAAGCCCGAGAGGUUUGAGGGGACGGAAGGGGUUAGAGACGGGCACAGGAUGCUGCCAUUCGGAUCUGGCAGGAGAGGGUGCCCGGGGGAGAACCUGGCUCUAAGGAUGAUGUCUGUGACCCUGGGGUCGCUGAUUCAGUGCUUUGAGUGGGGGCGGAAAGGCAAGGAGCCAGUGGACAUGACCGAGGCGACGGGCCUCACCAUGCCCAAGGCGCGUCCGCUGAUGGCUAAAUGUAGGCCCCGAGAAAGCAUGAUGCCACUCCUUUCUCAAAUAUGAGCGGUCAGUUAUGUAAGAUAUGACCAGGUAGUGAAUGAUAAAAUACGUUCCAUUGUUGUAAUAUGUCGUUGCCGUGUAUGACGAUUGUAGAAUGUAGUUGUAAUGAAAGGCAAGGACCACCGACAGGAAAGGGUCUUAGUGCAAUGGUUAAGACGCCAACUCGAAAUCAAGAGGUCUUGAGAUCAAUCCUCACAAGUGAGACAUAUGUGUCUCUUUAUUUUGUUUAA